CUUCCUCCCGUCUUGCCUUCUCCGUGGAGUUCGGGCCCAGCUAGAACCAUGAAGUGGCUGCUGCUGCUCAGUCUGGUGGCACUCUCUGAGUGCAUCUACAAGGUCCCCCUCGUCAAAAAGAAGUCCUUAAGGAAGAACCUGAUCGAGCAUGGCAAGCUAGAGGACUUCCUGAAGAAGCACACCUUCAACCCAGCCAGCAAGUACUUCCACCACGGGGAGGCCGCCACCAUGAUAGCCAACCAGCCCCUGGUGAACUACCUGGAUAUGGAGUACUUCGGCACCAUCGGCAUCGGAACCCCUGCCCAGGAAUUCACCGUCAUCUUUGACACCGGCUCCUCCAACCUGUGGGUGCCCUCUGUCUACUGCUCCAGUCCUGCCUGCACCAACCACAACCGCUUCAACCCUCAGGAGUCCUCCACCUACCAGGCCACCAGCCAGACAGUCUCCAUCGCUUACGGCACCGGCAGCAUGACAGGCAUCCUCGGAUAUGACACUGUGCAGGUUGGCGGCAUCGCUGACACCAAUCAGAUCUUCGGCCUGAGCGAGACCGAGCCCGGCUCCUUCCUGUAUUACUCUCCCUUCGAUGGUAUCCUGGGGCUGGCCUACCCCAGCAUUUCCUCCUCUGGGGCCACACCCGUCUUUGACAACAUUUGGAACCAGGGCCUGGUUUCCCAGGAUCUCUUCGCUGUCUACCUGAGCGCCAAUGACCAGAGCGGCAGCGUGGUGAUGUUUGGUGGCAUCGACUCCUCUUACUACACCGGAAGUCUGAACUGGGUGCCUCUUUCUGCCGAGGGUUACUGGCAGAUCACCGUGGACAGCAUCACCAUGAACGGAGAGGCCAUCGCCUGCGCCGAGGGCUGCCAGGCCAUUGUCGACACUGGCACCUCUCUGCUGUCCGGCCCAACCAGCCCCAUCGCCAACAUCCAGAGCUACAUCGGAGCCACUGAGAACUCAAAUGGCGAGAUGGUGGUCAGCUGCUCAGCCAUCAGCAGCCUGCCUGACAUCGUCUUCACCAUCAAUGGCAUCCAGUACCCUGUGCCAGCCAGUGCCUACAUCCUGCAGGUGAGGGGAGCUGCACCAGCGGCUUCCAGGGCAUGAACAUCCCCACCGCCUACGGAGAGCUUUGGAUCCUGGGUGAUGUCUUCAUCCGCCAGUACUUCGCCGUCUUCGACAGGGCAAACAAUCAGGUCGGCCUGGCUCCCGUGGCUUAAGCCUAAGUCUUUCCAGCCACUUCCCAGGAAGAUCUGGCCUCCAUCCUGUGCCCACUUUAGAUGUAUAUAAUUAAUUCUCCUGACUGUCCUUCCCAGGAGAAUGUGGAGGUCUUGGCCCUGUUCCCUAUCCUACCAAUAAUGUAGAAUAAAAACAUAACCUCCUGAAACAGG